UUUUCUUCUUGUUUCAACAUUGUAAACCCACGCGCACUAAAUCGUACGGUUGAGUAGGUGGUUCUGGUUCAGUUGGGCUUCACGGCGGUGGGUAUUUUGGAAGCGGUGGCAUCGUUCCUCUCCGCAGUCGGCGUUGUUAGCUAACGGUGGAUCUACAAAAAAUAUGGCUCGAGCUGGAGGCAUCACAAACGCUGUCAAUGUUGGAAUAGCGGUCCAAGCUGACUGGGAGAACCGCGAAUUCAUCUCUCACAUUUCUCUAAAUGUUCGUCGCCUCUUCGAAUUCCUUGUCCAAUUUGAGGCUACGACGAAGAGUAAGUUGGCAUCAUUGAAUGAGAAGCUUGAUGUCUUAGAACGUCGACUAGAACUCCUUGAGGUUCAAGUGAGCACUGCAUCGGCCAACCCUUCUCUAUUUACCACAUGAUGUUUGCCUGGACCAUGUUUUUGUAAUUCAGCCUUACUGUAAGCACUUUCCAACCUAUAUUGUACCCAUAAGUCGUUCAACAGUAAACUGUCUCUGUAAUCCCAUGUUUCAUGAUAUAAAUCUAGUUCGCGAUUUUCCA